AUGAGGGUUGAUAUUGAAUGUAACUCCAGGUUUUGUGAUGGAAGAACUGUGUGUGACAUUUAUCACAUGACAAAUCUUCCAAAGAAUGUUCAUGUUACUAUGAAAAUGAAUGUGUCAGCCUUUUGGGAUUUACUUUUUGAUUGUUUGAAUCAAGUUAACAAUGUUACUGUCUCAACCAGAAUUAAUGAAACGACAUCGCGCCAAAAAUUGUUGUUAAAAAUAAAAAAAAAUGAAAAAAGAACAAUCUUCCUUGACGUAAGUUUCACAAAUCUGGAGCAAAGCCAUAAUUACCGUAAAAACAGAUCAUUCUUUGGAUCAAAAAAUUCGCAACAAACAGAGAAAAGAAAAAGAAACGAUGAGGAGAGAAAAGAAAAAGUUGAACAAUCCGAUGAAACAAAAAAAAGAAAAAUAAUAGAUGAUGAAAUUGAUGACGAAACAAUAGAAGAAGAGGAGGAGGAAAAAACCUCUACAUUAAUGGAUACUACAUCAUACUCUUCCGAUGAAGAAGAGGAAGAAGAUCAUGAUGAGAUUGAAGAAGAAAAUGAUUCGGUUUCUUGUAAAGUUUCAACGAGUGUUAAAAAGAAUUCUAAAGCUCCAAACUAUGAAUACAACUCAUACGACCCAAUCGCCUCUGCAACCUGGAAGACUGGAAAUAGGUUUGUUUUUACUACUCUAAUUUUGUCUAAAUUUAAAAGUGCACCAUACCUUUUUCUUGCCAAAACUUUAGAUGAAAUUUCAAAAAUUGGUUCUUCUAUCAAAAAAACUGAACUGUUAUGUAAUUGUUUUAGAAGUAUUAUUGCUACAUCACCAAGUGAUUUGCUUUAUUCUGUCUAUUUAUCUAUUAACAAAUUAGCGCCUUCCCACUUUGGUAUCGAGUUGGGUGUUGGUGAAAGUUUAAUUAUGAAAGCUCUAGCAGAGGCAACCGGAAAGACAUUGAAGAAAAUCAAAGAAUUGAGUGUUAAAGAAGGUGAUCUUGGUCUAGUGGCAAAUGUAGCUAGAAGUACACAAAAAACCAUGUUCAAACCUAAAUCAUUAACCCUUAAGAGUGUUUAUGAUUCGUUCAAAUUUAUUGCCACAACAGAAGGUAAGAAGAGUAUGAACACAAAAGUAGAGAAGAUUAAAUUAUUGCUCGUUUCCUCAGUUGAUGUUGAGCCAAUGUUUAUCAUAAGGUCCUUACAAGGUAAAUUGAGAAUAGGACUUGGUGAAGAGACAGUGCUAAUUGCUCUUUCCCAUGCGAUUUUAUUGAGUAGGGGUGGUAAAAAAGUUCUAGAUGAAGCAGACCUUAAGUUUGCUAAGGAAACUCUUAAAUCUGUCUACUCUGAACUUCCAAGUUAUGAUGACAUUAUACCAGCUUUAUUAGAACAUGGUUUCGAAAAGUUACAUGAUAUUUGCCAUUUGAAACCUGGAUUUCCAGUUCGUCCAAUGUUGGCUAAGAGCGCAAAAGGUGUUCAAGAAUUAUUUGACAGGUUUGGAGAAAAAGAAUUUACCUGUGAAUUCAAAUAUGAUGGAGAGAGAGCCCAAAUACACAUGCUUCCAGAUAAGUCUAUCAAAAUUUUCAGUAGAAAUAUGGAAAACCACACCAGCAAAUAUCCUGACUUGAUUCAAAUGCUUCCUCAAGUUACUAAAGAACAUGUCAAGAGUUUCAUUAUUGACUGUGAGGUUGUUGCCUUUGAUCCUAUUGAAAAAAAGAUUAAACCUUUCCAGGUACUAAGCACAAGAGGAAGAAAAAAUAUUAAUAUUAAUGAUAUCAAGGUUCAGGUUUGUCUAUUUGCCUUUGAUAUUCUGUACAUUAAUGGUGAGUCAUGCCUCAAGAAGAAUCUUAAGGAAAGAAGAGGAAUACUUCAUGAUUCUUUCGCUACCUCUGACGAUAAAUUCAUGUUUGCAUCCCACAGAGAUACAAACGACCUUAAUGACAUUCAAGUGUUUUUGGAAGAUUCAAUCAAGGGUAACUGUGAAGGUUUGAUGGUUAAAACUUUAGAGGUAGAUGCCACUUAUGAACCCUCAAAAAGGUCUUUCAACUGGUUAAAGCUUAAGAAGGAUUAUAUUGAAGGGUUAGGUGACUCGGUUGACUUGGUAGUUAUCGGAGGCUACAAGGGAAGAGGUAAACGUACUGGUGUUUAUGGUGGCUUUUUACUUGCAUGCUUUGAUCCAGAAUCCGACCAAUACCAAUCUAUAUGUAAGAUAGGAACAGGAUUUUCAGACGAAAUGCUGAAGGAAUGUGCAGAUAAAAUGAAUGAACACAUAAUUUCUGCACCAAAAUCCUACUUUAGCUUUAGAGAAAGUCAAAGACCUGAUGUAUGGUUUGAUGCCAAUGUUGUUUGGGAGAUUAAGGCAGCUGAUCUUACCAUUUCGCCUGCUCACAUGGCUGCAAUAGGACUAGUUGAUGAAUCUAAAGGUAUUGCCCUAAGAUUUCCAAGAUUUGUUAGAACAAGAGAAGACAAAAAGCCAGAACAAGCCACCUCAGCAGAGCAAAUAGCUGACCUUUACAAUUCCCAAGCUGUUAUUGCUCAAAACAAAAAGCCAAAUAAAAACCAUUUUUAAAGUUUAU